AUGGCUGAAAGAUCGCUUCCGGUGCUUCUUGCCCUGACCAUUGUGUCCCUGUCGGUAGUUCUUCCGACGGCGCGUGGGAAUUCGGAAGGGGACGCGCUUUACGCGCUUCGCCGGAGCCUGAUCGACCCGGAUAAAGUGCUCCAGAGCUGGGAUCCGACCCUCGUGAACCCCUGCACCUGGUUCCACAUCACAUGCAACCGGGAAAACCGCGUCACUCGCGUGGACCUUGGGAACUCAAAUUUAUCUGGUCACCUAGUACCUCAGCUUGGAAAUCUUGAGCAUCUCCAGUAUCUGGAGCUUUACAAAAAUAACAUUCAAGGGUCAAUUCCUUCUGAGCUUGGUAACUUGAAGAACUUAAUAAGUUUGGACCUAUAUAACAACAAUCUCACCGGAAAAAUACCCGAUUCAUUGGGAAAGUUGCAAUCUCUUGUCUUUCUACGUGUGAAUGAUAAUCAGCUUCAUGGACCAAUUCCAAGGUCAUUAGCUGGUGUUUCUAGCUUGAAAGUCGUAGAUGUCUCAAAGAACAACUUGUGUGGAACGAUUCCUACCACUGGUCCUUUUGAACAUAUCCCAUUGAACAACUUUGAGAACAACCCCCGACUGGAAGGCCCUGAGCUGCUGGGACUUGCAAGUUACGAUACCAACUGUUCUUAA